UUGACUACAGCCGCCGCCGCGAAGCGGGCCUGGGAUGCCAAGAUGGCGGCGGCGGUAGUAUCGGUUUUCCCUGGUGUGCGGCUCCUGACUAUCGGCGAUGCCAACGGGGAAAUCCAGCGGCACCAAGAACAGCAGGCGCUGCGUCUCGAGGCUCGCACCGGGCCUGACGCCGCUGGCCUCGCUUUGUAUAGCCAAGAUGAUGUUUGUGUAUUCAAGUGUUCUGUAUCAAAGGAGACAGAAUGCAGCCGAGUGGGAAAACAGUCCUUCAUUAUCACAUUGGGAUGCAACAGUGUCCUUAUACAAUUUGCAACGCCAAGUGAUUUCUGCUCAUUUUAUAAUAUUUUGAAAAAUUGCCGAGGUCACAACAUGGAGCAGUCAGUGUUCAGUGAGCGCACAGAGGAAUCAUCUGCUGUGCAGUACUUCCAGUUUUAUGGAUAUUUAUCCCAACAGCAAAAUAUGAUGCAGGAUUAUGUCCGAACAGGCACAUAUCAGAGAGCAAUCCUGCAAAACCACAGUGAUUUUAAAGAUAAGAUUGUAUUAGAUGUCGGCUGUGGUUCUGGCAUCCUGUCAUUUUUUGCAGCCCAAGCUGGAGCCAGAAAAAUUUAUGCAGUGGAAGCAAGCACAAUGGCUCAACAUGCAGAGGUUUUAGUGAAGAGUAAUAAUCUUACUGAUCGAAUUGUGGUCAUUCCUGGGAAGGUAGAGGAAAUCUCACUUCCAGAACAGGUGGACAUCAUUAUUUCUGAGCCAAUGGGCUACAUGCUUUUCAAUGAACGAAUGCUGGAGAGUUACCUGCAUGCCAAGAAAUAUUUAAAACCUAGUGGAAAUAUGUUUCCAACUAUUGGCGAUGUCCAUCUAGCCCCAUUUACAGAUGAACAGCUAUACAUGGAACAGUUCACAAAAGCUAACUUUUGGUAUCAGCCAUCUUUUCAUGGGGUAGAUUUGUCAGCACUCCGAGGUGCAGCAGUAGAUGAAUAUUUCAGACAGCCUGUUGUGAGGCAGCACCGUGAGGUUCAACAUAUCAGCGCAGCCAUUCACGGCAGAAUGUCAGCUGUGCCACAACAAGCCUUGCAGGGUCCUGCUCUUAGACUGUGCCAGUAUGUCAAAGUUCAUGGUGGUGCCACUGCUCCUGCAUACAGCUGCUCGCAUUGCAAACAGCCCGGGGAUUUGGACAGCCUUUACUGGCUGGGAUGCCUUCAGGAUCCCUGGCUUCCAAGUCCGGCAAGGCCCAGCGUUUGGACUCUGGUGUGCUCUUCUCCUCCUGAGAAGCAGCAGUGCAUCCAUGGCACAUCUGGAUCACCAAAUGACUAUUCACCAUACCACUUACUUUUCUUUUUCAGACAGAGUUAUGACAUAAGUAUUGUUGCUCAAGUGGAUCAAACAGGCUCUAAAUCCAGCAACCUUCUUGACCUGAAAAAUCCCUUUUUCAGGUAUACAGGUACAACUCCUUCACCACCGCCGGGUUCACACUAUACAUCUCCUUCAGAGAACAUGUGGAACACAGGUGGCGCCUACAACAUGAACACAGGGAUGGCUGUUGCUGGAAUGCCCACAGCCUAUGAUCUCAGCAGUGUGAUUGCAGGUGGCACUAAUGUUGGCCACAACAACCUUAUUCCUCUAGCCAACACUGGGAUUGUCAAUCACACCCAUUCCCGGAUGGGAUCCAUCAUGAGCACAGGGAUUGUCCAAGGCUCAUCUAGUGGCCAAAGUGGAGGAACUUCAACUGCUCAUUACCCAGUCAACAGUCAAUUUACUAUGGGGGGACCAGCCAUUUCUAUGGCGUCCCCCAUGUCUAUCACCACCAACACAAUGCAUUAUGGGAGCUAAGAAACCCUCAUCCCUGAACUGACAGCAUCAGGAAACCAAAUGAAGAAAAAGUACCACCUCCCCACUGUAUCUCAUCAGUUGGCAGUCAAUUCUUUGGAUCUCUUCUGCCCUCCAAUAGGUUACCCAGAGAUGGUCCAAUCCUUGUACAAUAGAAGACAAAAACCCACUGGCUUAAUAGCGGAUUUGUACACAUUUUUCAUGAAAUGUUGGAAAUCUCAACUUGCUCAACCACGACUGAGUUCCUGUGCUUACUGAGUCUUACAACCUAUCAUGUCAGUAAUAGUAUCAUUCUUCAAUCUGCCAUGACUGAUUUGCAUUAGGCACAGGCUUAGAUCUGAACUGCCAUAGGGCCUCUAACAUGCUCUAGGCAGUCCACCAACAGAAACUUGAUCAUUUAUUGCUACACUCCCAGUAUUUUAAAUGAAGGGGCUGCAGCUGGCUGUAGAAUGGGCACAGGUAAGAAUCCAGCAGCAUAUCCAUGUCGAUUUCUUAGGCAUCCCAGGCUCUGGGCUAGUGUUUGUAGCAUUAUUAAGACUUAGGAGGAAUAUCUCCUGGGAAAGACAAAGACUUAUCAACUUCCUGGCUUUCAGAAAAGCUCCAGCAUCUUACUGUUGUAAGUCUUGGGCCAUGUGAAAAGUAUCCAAGAUGAAAGAAGACUGUUUUAUAUGCCACAAGCAUCUUAUCAGCAGGUCUGAUGAUUGCCUGUCUCUUGGGAAUAUUGAUGUAGCAUCAAAGGGUUAAAAAAUUUAAAACACAAAUGUACCAAAAAAUACUGUUGCUGGCUGAAAAUGGUUUGUGUAUCAAUUUCCUGUUGCUCAUUUUAAACCCAAUCCUAUUUUCUGGUCUAUUCUUAAGGUGUGACAGCAGCUAUGAUUAGUUCCUCCCUUCUGGGCAGAAGUGGAUGCCAAAUGGUUUAGUAUGUAGACUUGUCUGCUUCCCACAGUAACCACCAGGGGACUCUAAAUAGAUUGGCAGCUAUUAUGGGGUCCCUUUGUAGUACUUUUAUGUGUAAUUUGUAACUCUUUCUUUUUUCCUUCCAAAGAGCCUCAAGCCAAUAUUUCUUAAAGGACUUGACAAGUAACUGUUUUAUGGAGGAGAAAAGUGGUUUACUUAAGGCAAUGUUCUUUGGGUCCCAAUAGUGGCUGAAUUGGGGGAAGGGGUGGGACCAUUCUGGAGAACCUUCAUAGUGGCUGGAUUGUGGGUCUAUAAAGCCAAUUGUUGGUUCUGGCUGAUCAACGAUUUUGUGACUAUUGAAUAAAACUGGGAGGGUUUUGAAGAUGUUUGUAAUGGCUGGUUUCCCAAUCUCAGGUUUAGAUGAAACAGCUUAAAAUUUUAUUUGUAUUCACACAUCCACUGGACAAUCCUGUUUUGAACUGCAGUUGAGAGAAGUGCCUUCCCAGGAGAAAUGUACCUCAAAUGAUUUGACUUCCCUUACAUUGCUAAAGAGCUGCCUGUUUCUUUCUUCUAGUCAUAGUUAAGAAAGUUUAGGAAAUUAACUUGUUUCCUGUUAGGCUUCUUGUGGCUACCUUUGACGUGAUCACAAGUCACACUCAGACAAGUCCUGGAUACAGCAGAAGUACUGGCUUUUUAACAGACAUCCCUGCAAAGAUCUGCUCUAUAUUAAUAUAGGAAGUUAAGAAAAAGCUUUCCAGAGAUG